GGAGCGUGAGACAAUCGGAGUUCAGCUCCACCCCCGGACUAACUCCGACCUCAGGUGUUUCCAGGGGCUGGUGCUAAGGUCUUCGACUCUCUGUCGCCUUUCUGAGGUUGGACGGGCCUCGUUCCCAGGCCCUUGGCUCCUAUUCCAGGAAACCGGCGUCCUGCUGCACGAUGUCCCACCUGGGACCCCUGCGCCGCGGGGUUUGCGCUGCGCUGCUCGGCCAGCUCCUGCGACCUCCUCGUGCUGUGUGCAUCCGGGCGCUUGGCUGUCACAGCCAGGUUGCACAGGCAGUGUUAACAUCCCAACUGAAACCACAUCAAGAGAAACCAAAUUUUAUCAUCAAGGUUCCAAAGGGCACCAGGGAUUUAAGUCCUCAACAGAUGGUUGUGAGGGAAAAGAUUCUUGAUAAGAUUAUCAGCUGCUUUAAGCGUCAUGGGGCAAAGGGGUUGGAUACGCCAGCAUUUGAGCUAACAGAAAUGCUCACCGAGAAGUAUGAGGACAACUUCGGCCUCAUGUACGAUUUGAAGGAUCAAGGUGGAGAGUUGUUGUCUCUUCGAUAUGACCUUACUGUUCCUUUUGCUCGCUAUUUGGCCAUGAAUAAACUGAAGAAUAUGAAACGAUAUCAAGUUGGAAAGGUGUGGCGGCGAGAGAGCCCAGCCAUAGUCCAGGGCCGCUACCGGGAGUUCUGCCAGUGUGAUUUUGACAUUGCUGGUGAAUUUGACCCAAUGAUCCCUGAUGCAGAAUGUUUGAAGAUCAUGUGUGAAAUCCUAAGUGCCUUGCAACUGGGGGACUUUCUCAUUAAGGUAAAUGACCGGCGGGUUGUAGAUGGGAUGUUUGAUGUCUGCGGUGUUCCUGAGAGCAAGUUCCGUACCAUCUGUACAUCAAUGGACAAACUAGACAAGAUGUCUUGGGAAGAUGUGAGAUAUGAGAUGGUGGCACAGAAAGGCCUAACUCCUGAGGUGGCCGAUCGAAUUGGGGAGUAUGUCCAGUGUCAUGGGGGGAUUUCUCUGGUAGAGGAAAUGUCCAAGGAUCCCAGACUGUCCCAAAGCCCGAGGGCCCUGCAGGGCUUAGGAGACCUGAAGCUGCUCUAUGACUACCUGAGUUUAUUUGGAAUUGCUGAAAAGAUCUCCUUCGACUUGAGUCUGGCCCGGGGCCUGGACUAUUACACAGGAGUGAUCUACGAAGCCGUGCUCCUGCAGCCUCCAGGUCAGGCUGGAGAGGAGGCUCUGAAUGUGGGCAGCGUGGCUGCUGGUGGACGCUACGACAGCCUGGUAGCCCAGUUUGAUCCCAAGGGCCAUAACGUGCCCUGUGUGGGGUUGAGCAUUGGCGUAGAGAGAAUCUUCUACCUUGUGGAGCGGAAGAUGAAGGCGUCUGGUAAGAAGGUUCGAACCACAGAGACUCAAGUGUUUGUGGCCACACCCCAGAAGAACUUUCUCCGAGAGCGUUUGAAGCUAAUUGCAGAGCUUUGGGAUGCUGGGAUCAAGGCAGAGAUGCUAUAUAAAAACAAUCCCAAACUGUUAGCCCAGCUGCAUUAUUGUGAGAAGGCAGACAUUCCUCUGAUGGUCAUCAUUGGUGAGCAAGAACAGAAUGAAGGUGUCGUCAAGCUCCGUACAGUGGCCAGCAGAGAAGAAGUGACCGUUAAUCGAGAAAAUCUUGUGGCUGAAAUUCAGAAACGACUGUCCGAGUCUUGAUUGUUGCCUAGUUCCCAUCUGCUGUCCUCAGAAGAAAGGUUUUCUUCUAGGACUGAAUUCUGGUGGAUGUUACAACAGCUGACCAGCAUGGAUGUCAUGCAAGUGCCUUCUGCCUCCCUCUGUCCUGGAUACAGAAGUAGAUGGGUCCUAAGGACUCGUGGAUUAGCAGCUGCUCUGCUUGAGUGCACACUCUAUCUAACUGCAAAGGCAGAGCUGAAGUGCCUCUGAAUUCUCUCAGGAGAUGUUAAGACGGUUCCUGUGAGCAAGGCUCUGGAAGAGUUGCCUCAGGCUGAGACUCUGACCCAUUGAAAUGAGAAGCUAAAUAUGUACUUCACUUUAACUGUAGCUUGGGAACCAGAGUUCGGAGAAUUUGUCUACAUCACCCUGUGGUUUGUCUGUGGAGUAUUUGACAGCAAGAAUGGACAGUGAACAGAGAUGAUGUCCCAAGGACCCAGGAGUGCAUCUGUUGAUUCUUGCAGCUAACAGUAGAAGGGUGGGGCUGUUUAAUAAUUUUGGACAUUGAAUUUAAUGGAUGAUCAGUUAGUGAUCUGAUCUUUUGAGAUUGUGAACACCAUUCUCUUUGCCACAGUAACUUCUCUUGAUUAUUCCAUAUCCUGCUCUGGAGGUUGUUCUAGAAGUGGCUAUAUAGUAUGUUACAUUUCAAAAGUGUACUAGUGAGCCAGAGAGAGGGCUUCUUAAGGGAGCAUAUUGCUUUUGCAGAGGACCUGAGUUCAGUUCCCACUCAGAGUGAUUACAACUACCUGUAAUUCCAGUACCAGGGGAUCUGAGGCUCUCUUCUCAGCUCCAUAGACAUCUGCACUUAAUGUACACAUACACACAGACCCAUACACAUGA